AUGUCUUCUUCAUCAACAGUAGUAGAUACCGAUCCACCUGUAGCUGAGACACCAGCGGCGUCGCCGAGAGCCAAACGAGCUAUCUCGAUCUCGGCACCACAUUAUCAUGAUCAUAACAGAAUUGGACAGCCUCUGGGACGAGUUCCAACGGGUAGAUCAGGACAUCAAAGUGGCAGUGUAACAGAGCAUCAACAUCAACAUGACCAUGACCAUGAGCAUAACAACCAAGACGAACAUGGUCAAGGUGAACCAUUAGGUCGAAGUGUCACUUCAGGUACAACAGCCUCACGGCGACAUGUACCUGAUCUAGCAUUCCCUUAUAUAACCACCGAUAUUUCAAGAGGUGGUAUAACAGAUGAAUAUAGAACAGAAACAAGACAAGGUUACAUAUCAAUGGAUGAUCCUGAUAAUGGAUUAAGACCUGUUCAAUCAAGAUUAUCAACUUUACAUGGUGAUAGAUUCGUUUUACAUAACGAUAAAGAAAAAGGUGGUUUGGGAAACAAAAAACUAGUCACUUGGUUGGAAAAAGAUCCUGAAAAUCCUAGAAAUUGGACCAAAUUCCGUCGUUGGGUCAUCACCGCUAUUGCAUCUUGUGCGGUUAUUCAAGUGGCUCUUUCUUCAGCUAUCGUCACUGGUGAUUUCAAAGAUCAAGCAGAAUACUUUGGUGUUUCAACUGAAGUGAUCUCUUUGACUGUAUCAUUGACCGUUUGUGGUUUCGGUACCGGUCCAUUAUUGUGGUCACCCUUAUCUGAACUACUUGGCCGAAGAUUACUAUGGGCUAUACCAACAUUCGUUUAUAUCAUCUUCAAUAUCCCCUGUGCCCUGGCUCCGAAUAUCGGAUGUCUUUUAGCUUCAAGGUUUAUUUGUGGUUUCUUCGGUUCAGCUCCUCUUACACUAGCAGGUGGUACAAUUGCCGAUAUAUGGGGUCCUGAAGAGCGAGGUUUUGCUAUCGCUAUCUUCGCUGCUGCUCCCUACACUGGACCGGUGAUCGGCCCUCUGAUAGGUGGAUUCAUCGGUAAAUACGCAGGUUGGAGAUGGCUUUAUUGGGUUAAUAUGAUUUCUGCCGCUGUUGUUUGGAUUGCGAGCUUGGCCAUUCCUGAAACAUUUGCACCUGCAUUACUCAAACGAAGAGCAAAGCAACUCCGACAAGAUUCAGGAGAUGAUUCAUAUGUGACUGAACAAGAGAUAUUCAGAAAACCACUGAACGAAAUUGUAUUGGAGACUCUGAUCCGACCAUUCGAAAUGCUUGUAACGGAACCAAUCUUACUCUUGAUGUCGUUAUACAUCUCAUUGGUUUACGGAUUACUUUAUGCCUUCUUCUUUGCUUUCCCUGUUGUCUUUGGAGAAGAUUACGGAUGGGACGAUGCCAAAACAGGAUUAACAUUUAUACCUGUAUUCUUCGGUGUUGGGUUAGCUCUUUUCGUCACACCAUGGUUGGAGAAGACGUAUACAGCAAAAGGUGAAAAUGUAACACCCGAAGAUAGAUUACCAGGUAUGCUUAUUGGUGGACCAUUCGUACCUAUCUCACUGUUCAUAUUCGGUUGGACCGCCCCUCCUUACGUUGCUCCAGGUGGUGGUUCUUGGGUAGGACCUUGUUCCGCUGGUAUACCUUUCGGAUUCGGAAUGGUUUUAGUUUACUUUUCGGCAAACGCGUAUCUCAUUGAAGCCUUCCCAGAUUACGUCGCUUCCGCUUUGGCAGCUAAAACGGUUGUCAGAUCAGCUGCUGGUGCAGCUAUGCCUUUGUUCAUCUCUAUAAUGUUCAGAAAAAUUGGCAACGGUCCUGCCGCCUCUAUCUUGGGCGCAGCAGCUAUCAUCAUGGCUAUUAUUCCAUUCGCUUUUGCUAAAUAUGGCGCUGGUAUUAGAGCUAGAUCAAAGAGAGCUGCUAUUUAA